GCCACCAGUGCUCCGCGUUGCGCCCGCGCCCGUCACCCGUUCUUUCCCACAGGUCUCCGAUGGGCGGAGGAGCCGAGGCCGCCCGGAGGUCCUAGAGCGCGCGGUGCCCCGCCGGGCCGGAGCAGUGUCACAGCCACCCAGCAGAGCGCGCGGGCAGGGCCACCAUGGCCUUCUCCCAGGUGCAGUGUCUGGACGACAACCAUGUGAACUGGCGCUCCAGCGAGUCCAAGCCCGAGUUCUUCUACAGCGAGGAGCAGCGGCUGGCGCUGGAGGCCUUGGUGGCCCGCGGCCGCGAGGCUUUCUACGAGGUGCUCAAGCGGGAGAACAUCCGAGACUUCCUCUCCGAACUGGAACUCAGGCGCAUCUUGGAGGCCAUCGAGGUGUACGACCCCGGCUCCGAGGACCCUCGUGGUCCCCGCCGCUCCCAGGAGUCCCAGGACAACGGGCUGGGCGACAGCGAGGAAGCCAGCAGAGUGGGAGGGACCGAGCCCGAGACCGAGCCGCUGCCCUCGCUGGAGUACUGGCCCCAGAAGUCCGACCGCUCCAUCCCGCAGUUGGACCUAGGCUGGCCUGACACCAUCGCCUAUCGCGGGGUGACGCGGGCCAGCGUCUACAUGCAGCCCCCCAUCGACGGGCAGGCCCACAUCAAAGAGGUGGUACGCAAGAUGAUCAGCCAGGCCCAGAAGGUGAUAGCUGUGGUGAUGGACACGUUCACUGAUGUGGACAUCUUCAAGGACUUGCUGGACGCUGGCUUCAAGAGGAAAGUGGCCGUGUACAUCAUUGUGGACGAGAGUAAUGUCAAGUACUUCCUGCACAUGUGUGAGCGGGCCUGCAUGCACCUGGGGCACCUCAAGAAUCUCAGGGUGCGCAGCAGUGGGGGAACUGAGUUCUUCACCCGGUCAGCCACCAAGUUCAAGGGCGCCCUGGCUCAGAAGUUCAUGUUUGUGGAUGGAGACAGGGCUGUGUGCGGCUCCUACAGCUUCACGUGGUCGGCAGCAAGGACUGACCGGAAUGUGAUCUCUGUGCUGUCCGGCCAAGUGGUAGAGAUGUUUGACCGGCAGUUCCAGGAGCUGUACCUCAUGUCACAGAGUGUCAGUCUCAAGGACAUCCCCAUGGAGAAGGAGCCAGAGCCAGAGCCCAUCGUGCUGCCCUCUGUGGUCCCCUUGGCCCCCACAGGCACAGUGGCCAAGAAGCUUGUCAACCCCAAGUAUGCACUGGUCAAGGCCAAGAGUGUCGACGAGAUUGCCAAGACUUCCUCUGAGAAGCAGGACAGCAAGAGACCCCCAGGGCCGCGGGGCCCUGCGCUGCCUGAGCGGCCAGGGGACCUCCCUGACCUGCCACCACCUGUCCACCCAGGACUACAAAACCUGGAGAGGGCCAACAUGUUUGAGUACCUGCCCACGUGGGUGGAGCCAGACCCGGAGCCUGGUAGUGACAUCCUGGGCUACAUCAACAUCAUCGACCCUAACAUCUGGAACCCGCAGCCCAGUCAGAUGAACCGUAUCAAGAUCCGCGACACCUCCCAUGCCAGCACCCAGCACCAGCUGUGGAAGCAGAGCCAGGAGAACCGCCCCUCUGUAGAGCCCCACACUCCUCCAGGGCCCAGGGAUCCCCAGGACAGGACCCCAGCUGAGAACGGCCUCCCCCAAGGGGACACUGAGUCUCAGCCCCCUGUACCCAAGCCCCGGACAGUCCUUGUGGCAGACCUACUUGCCCAGGAUGGCGGUGGUGUCAGCUGGGCCCUGGAUACCUCAGAAGAGGAGACACCCCCAAAUGGGACAGACCUUGUGCUGCCCAGGAUGGUAGGCCCAGGCCAUACCUCACUCCAGCGGCAGCUGUCUGUAACACAGGAUGACCCUGAUGGUCUGGAAGCAGAGCUCCCCAAUGGGCUGGAUGGGGAGGAGGAGGAAGAUGAUGAUGACUAUGUGACUCUCAGUGACCAGGACAGCCUCUCAGGCAGCUCUGGCCGUGGCCCUGGCCCUCGGCGGCCCUCAGUGGCCUCAUCCAUGUCAGAUGAAUACUUCGAGGUGAGGGAGCGUGCAGUCCCUCUCCGGAGGCGCCACUCAGAACAGAUGGCCAACGGGCCAGCCCAGUCACCCCGCCGACAGCUGAGUGCCCCCCACAUAACCCGAGGGACCUUUGGUAGUCCUCUGGGUGGCCCUCCAUGGGCCCAGGUUCAGGGGAGAGAAGAGGUGGCUACACCAAGGAGGACACAGGCCCAGCGCCCUGUGGACAGGGAGACGCAGGGCCAGCAGUUGCACCAUCCUGGGGGCCCAACCUCAAGGACCCCAGGGGCACCCCGGUUCCGCCUUGCUGAUGGCACCCAGAGCUCUCCCAGGAAAGUGAACCCAGCCACAGCAGGGCCACACCAAUGGCAGCCCAAGGGUGGCCCGACACCCCGCAUGCUGCCAGAUCCCAGGAACACAAGGCCGGCCCGAAAUACUGGCAUCCUGGCUGAUGGCAGAACCACCGAGGAGCAUCCCAGUCCCUUCGGAAUCCCAUACUCCAAAUUGUCCCAGUCGAAGCACCUAAAGGCCAAGUCGGGUAGCAGCCAGUGGGCCCCGUCUGACUCUAAGCGGAGGGCCCAGGCCCCCCGGGACCACAAGGACCCCUAG